AUGGGUGUCGCUGCACCGCAACUGAUUUAUUGGUGGCGGUACCGAUCUCUUCCUUUUCCGCACUGGCUCGGGCCUCCACAGGUUGUACGAGGCACGCUGAAAUCUAAUGCGCCAAUUGCCAUUCUCCGAACCGGUUCUUUCGGUCGCGGUAACCCAAUCGGUGGAGUUGGUCACGCGAUUCGUGCUUCCCGCGUCCGAUUUGGGCUUACUCGCGAUCUCUCGAAGACGUCCUCAUCGUUACACAGGCGCGGAAAACGUCAAUUUCGAAUACGUUGGUCUGGAUACCCACCCCAUGAGGAUACCUGGGAACCAGAGGAAGCCCUAACAGAGGCUUCCGAAGCCUUAGAAGAGUACUGGAGAUCCAGAGCCCCCACUAGCGCGCUAGUAGAGGACUCUUUGGUAGUCAGCCUUGCAGGCGACGCCCCGGAAGAUACGGCUUACACUUCCGACCACCAAUGCUUCGCGGUUUAUCCGGAUGAUAGCUCACGUGAUAAUCACGCCCUCUCACCAGAAAGAAAACCAGUUUCGCGUGGCUUACCUCACCAGUCAAGAACGCCACACCAAGCCUCCCGAUCACGCUUACGCACAUCCGAGCUGUCAAAAUCAGCCGGCGACAACCUUAAAAGGGCGCCCCUGCUCGCCCCCCCUCUUUUUUCUUCUUCAACUACCAACAAACUACUUCCCUUACACACUCACUCUGCUUCGCAAACCCUUUCUAUCGACACCGAAACAAAAGCUUUCGUUUCCAACACCAUGACCACCAAUAUCCGAGGACAACAAGGAGUCAGCAUCCUCUCUACCCUUGAGGAAGGCUAUCCCUGGUCAGAAGUAAGCGAUGCCUUCGCUGCCAAGAACUCUAUCGAGCGGCUCGGAGCAGCCAUGGCCACCUGGGUCAAAGUUUGGAUUCAUGAGUUGUACAAAGACCCAAACAAAACCCUUGAACACUAUCGUGGUGAAGAUUGGGUGGUUGACGGGGCUUCGAAACCUUACGCCAUGAGCCAGCCCCUCACGAUGCAUAUCGCGGAGCCCUACAGUAGGGCUUCCGACGGCGGUCAAGCUGCUGUCGGUAUCAUCACUGAUGCAAAAAAGAUAGGCAAGAGAUUACAGGACGUACCCUGCGCUGCCUGGCUUGACGCUGGGGUCCCUCAACAUGCGGCCGGAAACCCCAAAAUGGCCCGCUUCACCCUCUGGCCCGAUUGCGAGGCCCACGAUUUUGUGGACAUAGCCAUCGAAGCCACGAGAGCAGUGUUGUUAAAGCUAGCCAAUGCAGCUGAAACCACAGAAGAGCAGCUCCAUCCCAAACAUUGGGAGCAUGCCUAUUACCACUUUCGAGCGGUUAACUUGAAAAGGGCCACAGAGACGUUCACAGCCCUCUACGUAACCCGAGCCAACGGUUCCAGGACACCUGGAGCCCCGGCUCCAGAAGCCACUGACCAAAUUUGGUUCUGCGCGAACGUCAUGGGGUGCACUACCAUAAUCUGGACGAUCAACGAAGACAGCCUUGAAGCUGACGACGACUAUCCAGUUGCGUCAUGGUAG